GAGCCCGGGGCCGCCAUGGACUCGCGGGUGUCGGAGCUGUUCGGCGGCUGCUGCCGCCCGGCGGGCGCCGCGCUUCGAGGGCGCGGGGGGGCCGCUCCCGGCACCGGCACCGGCGGCGGCUGCGGGGGGAGCGGCGGCGGCGGCGGCGGCUCGAAGGCGAAGAAGAAAAGCGGGCGGAGCCGGGGGGGGAAGGCCAACAACCCGCCGUACCUGCCGCCGGAGGCAGAAGAUGGGAACAUCGAGUACAAGCUAAAGCUAGUGAACCCCUCGCAGUACCGCUUUGAGCACCUGGUGACGCAGAUGAAGUGGCGACUACAGGAAGGCCGCGGUGAGGCUGUCUAUCAGAUCGGUGUGGAGGACAACGGGCUGCUGGUGGGCCUCUCAGAGGAGGAGAUGCGCGCCUCGCUCAAGACGCUGCGCCGUAUGGCAGAGAAGGUUGGGGCUGACAUUACGGUGCUGCGGGAGAGGGAGGUGGAUUAUGACAGCGACGUUCCAAGGAAGAUAACAGAGGUGCUCGUCCGAAAGGUGCCUGACAACCAACAGUUCUUAGACCUGCGAGUGGCUGUGUUGGGGAAUGUGGACUCAGGGAAAUCAACCCUGUUGGGUGUCCUAACACAAGGAGAGCUGGACAACGGACGGGGCCGAGCACGUCUCAACCUCUUCCGGCAUCUCCAUGAAAUCCAGUCAGGAAGAACAUCAAGCAUCAGUUUUGAAAUUCUCGGCUUCAACAGCAAAGGAGAGGUGGUAAAUUACAGUGACUCCCGAACAGCAGAAGAGAUCUGUGAGAGUUCCUCCAAGAUGAUCACUUUCAUUGACCUGGCUGGCCACCACAAGUACCUGAAAACAACCAUCUUUGGCCUCACCAGCUACUGCCCGGAUUUUGCUAUGCUGGUGGUUAGCGCCAACACCGGCAUUGCAGGCACAACACGAGAGCACUUGGGCUUGGCCAUGGCCCUCAAGGUCCCCUUCUUCAUUGUCAUCAGCAAAGUUGACUUGUGUUCAAAAGCCACCGUGGAACGGACAGUGAAGCAGCUGGAGCGAAUUCUGAAGCAGCCGGGCUGCAACAAGCUCCCCCUGCUUGUCACCUCAGACGAUGAUGCUGUUACAGCAGCACAGCAGUUUGCACAGUCUCCCAACAUCACCCCAAUCUUCACACUGUCCAGCGUUUCUGGGGAGAACCUGGAUCUCUUGAAAGUCUUCCUCAACAUCCUUCCUCCACUGACCAACAGUAAAGAGCAGGAGGAACUAAUGCAACAACUCACAGAGUUUCAGGUUGAUGAAAUUUAUACUGUGCCAGAGGUGGGGACUGUUGUGGGCGGAACUCUGUCGAGUGGGAUCUGCCGAGAAGGGGAGAGCCUGGUGGUCGGUCCCACUGACGACGGGAAGUUCCUCCGGCUGAAAGUGUGCAGUAUCCAACGCAACCGCUCGGCCUGCCGCGUGCUGCGGGCUGGCCAGGCAGCCACGCUGGCCCUCGGACCUUUCGACCGCUCCCUGCUGCGCAAGGGCAUGGUCAUGGUGAGCCCCGAAAUGAACCCCACCAUCUGCUCAGUGUUUGAAGCUGAGAUUGUGCUGUUGUUCCAUGCCACGACUUUCCGGAAGGGGUUUCAGGUGACAGUGCACGUGGGGAACGUGCGGCAGACGGCUAUCGUAGAGAAGAUCCAUGGUAAGGACAAGCUGCGGACAGGAGAGAAGGCCGUUGUCUGUUUCAGAUUCAUCAAGCAUCCUGAGUACUUGAAGAUAGGAGCCAAGCUGCUUUUCCGUGAAGGAGUCACCAAAGGCAUCGGGCAUGUCACUGACCUCCAAGCCAUCACCACCAAAGAAAACGGCCUGGAGGAGUCCUUGGGGCCUGGGCAGCUGAACUUCUGACUACCACUAGGUCAGAGAGAUCUCCGCUCACCACCGACCGGGGAGAAGGAUGGAAGCUCCCGUGGCUCUCCGAGUGAUGCCUGGAGCUGCUGCUGUCCGGUUCUAGCAUGGGUGUCCCUCCUCCACACUGUGGGAUGGAGCCUCGGAGAGUUUCUCGCGUUCAGCGCCGUACGAGGGGCAAGUUAAGCACGUUCUCCGCAUCGCCUGCUGCUUUCAUUACCCUGCCCUCCUUCAGAAUAGAUCAGAGGCACCUGCAGACCUGGGCAGGCAAGUUCUGGCUUUGUUUACUGUUUGAAAAUUACUGGUUGGGAGGAGCAGAACCCUUGGAGACGAGCAGUGAAGGGAUGUUUUUCCAUCUCUCAUACGGGAUCUGGCCCCAUUCCAGCUCUCCGAGCACUGGGUUAACACAGCACUUUCUUGAGUGAUCCUGCAGCGCAUCCCUCCAGGCGGAGGGGAUGGAAGAGGCCCUGCUUCCCGCAGCAGGGUCUUGCUCGAACCUCUCAAAACGCAUUCAGGACACUUUUUAACCGUUUUAAUCUUGGUUGGCUUUAAUCUGCUGUACGUCCCUUCGUAUGUUGGUUUUGCAUUACUCCAAGCUGAGCGUCUGACUGUCGGGCAGGCGUCCUGUCCUGUCCUGUCCCCGCGCACGUGUUGGCACUCCGUCAGCAUCCCGCCUUCUGACUCGAAGGAAGCUGCGGCUGCUCUGCGUGGCGCAGCCUCCUGACCGAACGGCGCGAAGACGGCGUUCGCACUUGCAUCUGCUCCUCGCAGCAGCAGAGCAGGAGGCUGUGUUGUGGGGCAGAGCGGGGCCCGGGCCUGUGCUGGCACGGGCAGGUUGUUCCCGAGGACGUCCGGUGCCGUCAGCGCGUUGGCAGCAGUGGUUUGCAGUGGGCUCCCUGGUGUGGCGGUUCCAGGGCCCAGCCCAGCUCGCUGCUCCUCACACGCUUGCCUUAAUGUGUGGGGGCAGGCUGCGUCGCUAACACCAAACAAGGUGACUUCUAUUUAGCUGUGAUUUGACAGUGGCGUGAAUUUCUUUCUUUUUCUCCUCAAGAAAGACUUUAUUUUUUCCCUUGCCACUGGGGCUUGUUGUGAGCGGAAAGCUGGUGAUGCCAGCGAGGACUCUGUGCGCGAAAAGUGGAGCGCUUCUGUUUUUCACUCGCUGUCGCGCAGCUCCCGUGUGUGUGGCAGUUCCUCCAGGCCCUGCUAGCCUGGAGGCUGCAGCAGGGGCUGCCGAGCUGUACAUAGGCUUUUGGUUUUGCUGUUGACUGUUAGAUCAUGUGGGUCAGCCACGAGCACCAGCCCUUCAGCCCGCCUCGUCGUGUGACGCGGUGGCUUGCCAGCCCUGGCUGAGGAGAAGGGAGAGGGCCUGCAAUAGCACACGGACGCCCACAUAGCUCUUCCACCCUCCCGAAAGCAAGGUCUGCAUCCGGGCUGCUGGCACAGGCAGCGUGCGCAGGGCUGGGCGGCCCGUGCUGAUCGGCGGAUGUCGCAAAGGGACGCUCUCCGUGUGUCAGCUCUUGGGGGAGGCAAGGGUGGUGGCACCCGGCCAAGAGCGUGCUGAGGUGCGGGGAAGCCGGUGGGAUGGCGGCGUAUACGGAGGGGCGAGGAGGCAGCCCAGCAGUGACAGGACGCGUUACCUGCCUUUUGGGAGGCGCGCUGAGCCAGCUGCAAGCCUGCCUCCCGCCCUUCGGCCCAGCAGAGAGACGGCAGCUGCUGGCUCAGGGUCACUGCUCGCACAGGAUCCCUCUGUGCUCCCACCCCGGGUGUUACGGGGGCGCGGUCCUUCACCCGUGCCCCAGCUGGCGGCGGGCCCCUGCCUUUGGUGCUAGAGGCUCCCGCAGAAAGCUGCCCUGCGUGGGGGGGGUGAUGCCAGCUGUCGGCAGCAGCCCCGGGCAGGCGUGGGGGUGCUGCAACCUUCUCUGGAACAGCUGAUGGCUGGGCUCAGCUCGUCCCUGCCGUCUGCGGCCUGACUGUUCUGGGUGCCAUGCUCUUCGUAACUGCUGGUUUGUCGUCUUGAAAUUUUCUAAUGCUGGGGCUCGUCCGUGUUCCCCAAGCACCUAUACAUAAAUGUACAGAAUAAAGAUGUUUUAUGGAGA